AUGGCCAGCAUCUCCCUCCGCCAGUCCAUUGCCUGGCUGCCUGCAGGGCCCAGCGAACCCACCUCGACCGUCGUACUCACGUCGCCUCAACGCCGGUUUGUCGACGUGCGCAUCCUUUUGCCGCCAGGCAGUCGGCCGUCCAUGGUCGAUGGCAGCUUCUCUCUUUCGGCAGCAGGGACCGCGACAGGGACCGCGGCUGCGACGUCGUCCUUGGGGCUCGACUGGGCCUUGGCCGGCACAUCGUCGUCGACACCCGUGGCCGGCACCAAUGGUACCGUGAGCGACGGCGUCUGGCGCCACUGGGUCGACAGUCGGUAUGACGACGCGGACGCGCAAGUGGACGCAGGGCGCAACACAGAACAGGCCGAUGGCAGCGUCCUGGAGACGGGGUCGAUGGAGAACCCGGCGACGGGCGUGGUGGCAGCGUACGAGGAGGUGUGGCGGGACAUUGACCCCGUGUCACCGUUUCCAGAACGGCCACCGCGCUGUGUGGUGCUGCAGAUGCACGACCCAGAAACCAACGACCGAGGCGUCGUCGAGCUGCUGGGGCAGUUCUGCCAGGGCAUUGCGCGGACGGUCCACGACGGCGUCACAGUGGAGCGGUGGCAGUGGCGGCCGACACAAGAGGGUGGCGCUGUCCCUCCGGACAUUACUGGUCUUGGUGGCUCACAGGAGCCACCGUGGCAGCUGCUUUUCCGCCACGGAUCGGGUUUGCUGCCGUGCGUGGCAGCCAUUGCCGGCGCUGGGACACUGACAUACGGCGAGAUCGUGGUCUCUGGGAACAGGACGUGGACCGUGGUGGAAGCUGCAAAUGUGUAG